GCAGACGUGUUAUUCAAUUGGAAACUCAUUCGAAGGGUUUGACAUAUCCCCCUUUAUUUUGAGCAAUAUAUAGUUACGUUGCAUAAUGAUUUGCUAAUUGUAUGCUGUCAAAUUCGUGAGUAAACUUACAAUGUACACAGUGUAGACGAACGUAGUCGUCUUUAGCAGAUAGCACAGUGGUUACCUAACCACAUCACUGCCCUGUUUGAUAAUUGGAACCUGUAGAUUCUAGCUAACGUUGACACCUGGCGCCUCCCGACUUUCUGGGAUUUCUUGACUGAAACCGAGUACCAUACAACUUUAAGGAUGAAUGUGGACAUUGACAAGAUAUUCAAACUGUCAGACAGCGACAGUACACAGGAACUGCAGGAGUAUCUCGGUUCAGUGUCUUCUGAAAAGCUCACCACAGGUAUUACAAACACUGCACUUAAAGGCAAAGACAUUGGAGUCCUCAUCAAAGGCAUCUUCAAAGGCUCCCCGCCGACUGUCCCUGCCAGUGUGUCACGGCGUGAGGCGCUGUAUCAGCACUGUAUCUCUCUGUGCGACUCUGGAAACCUUCAGGCAGAGGUGGCCGCAGACAUCAUGGGCCUGCUCAUGCUGGAGACACACAACCUCCCGGGCCCCUCCCUGGCCCAGCUGGCAUCCCACUUCGUAGACACCAUCAAAGCGGGCACCAUGGGUAACGGGAAGUCACUGGAGCUCUUUCCCACCAUCUUAACGACGCUCGCGAGCACAGAGGCGCUCGCCUACGGGAAAGGGGAGCUGAGUGGAGAAGAGUACAAGAAGCAGCUCAUCAACACACUGUGCUCCAGCAGGUGGGACCCACAAUGUGUUAUACACCUGACAACGAUGUUCAGGGAUGUGCCCUUGUCUCCAGAGGAACUGCAGUUUGUCAUAGAGAAGGUGCUGAGGAUGCUGCCCAAACUGGAGCUGCAGGAGAUCCCUCCAAUAGUAUACCAACUACUGUUGUUAUCUAAUAAGGGCCUCAAGAAGCAGAUUCUGGAGGGCAUCAUCCGCUACUUCAAGCAGCAGGACGAGCAGCAGAAGUCAGAGCAGCAGGAGGGAGAGCACAUGGAUCUAGAGGUGCAGUCGAUCCCUCAGGACCAGCUGCGUCAUGUGGAAGGCACGGCUAUACUCCACAUCGUCUUCGCCGUGAGACUCGACCGAGAGCUCGCCAAGGAGUUUCUCAAGGCCGUCAAGGCCUCUCUGGGUGAGCCGUCUCAGGUCAUUUGCCCCUUCAGCAUCGCUCUGCUGCUCUCGCUCUCUCGCAUACAGCACCUGGAGGACCAGGUGUUUGAGGUGCUGAAGAGCGCCAUCUCCAGGUGCUUCAGGGACGAGCAGGCGCAGCAGAGCUCCCGAUUCAUACAGGACCUGGUGCCCCCUCCCUGCAGCAUAGCCAAUAUGAUACUGGAGACCGUCAGAAACAGUGUGUUCGGCUGGGACCAUGUGACCCAGGGCUUGGUCCAAUUGGGCUUCAUCCUGAUGGACGCCUUUGGGCCAAAGGCGGGGCCAUUUGGACGGGUAGCAGACGGAGGCAGCUCAUUGGCUAAGAGCCCCACACAGCUGGCCUGUCAACUCGGCGGACAGAUACUCCUGGAGGGGUUUAAGAUGCAUGAGCAGAUCAGAGGGGAGAUCCUGGAACAGGUGCUGAACAGGCUCGUUACCAAGACGGCCUCUCCUGUCACACACUUCAUUGACCUGCUGUCGAGCAUGGUGACGUCCGCUCCCAUGGUCCUCCUGGAGUCAUCGUCUAAAGUGAUCGCCACCUUUGACCAGCUGUCCUUCCUGCCCCUCAGCACUGUGGAGGGACUUCUCAAGGCUGUACAGCCCCUUCUGAAGGUCAGCAUGGCCCUGAAGGACUCCCUCAUCAUUGUGCUCAGGAAGGCCAUGUUCUCCAGUCAGCUGGAUGGCAGGAAGUCAGCUGUUAUGGGCUUCCUCUUGCUGCUGAAGAACUUUCGAGUGCUGGGCAGCAUCGCCUCCAGCCAGGCCAGCCAACCAAUCAGCUGCAGCCAGGUGGCAGCGGAUGUGCACUCGCGCUACAACGCGGCGGCCAAUGAGGCUUUCUGCUUGGAGAUCCUCAGCAGCCUGCGCAGAUGCCUUAGCCAACAGGCAGACGUACGCAUGAUGCUAUACGAGGGAUUCUACGAUGUGCUGCGCAGGAACUCCCAGCUGGCCAGCUCCAUCAUGCAGACUCUACUGUCACAGCUGCGUCGCUACUACGAGCCUGAGCAGGACCUGCUGCCUCCGCUGAAGCUAGCUCCCUGCAUUAGCGCCCACAGAGACACAGUGUUCCUCCAGGAGCCUCUGUCCCACCUGCUGUCGUGCACGGUUCACUGCCUGCUGUGGCACCGCGGGCUGCAGGCCACAGGCCCCGUGUCUGAGGAUGAGGAUGAUGACGAGGAGGAUGAUGAGGAAGGUGAUGGCGGCUUCCAGACGGAGCUGAGGGCCAUGCUGGAGAGCCUGACCAGACGCAUGGCCAAGAGCGAACUGGAGGACUUCGAGCUGGAUAAACUAGCGGAAUUCUCGAUGGCGUCCAGUGUGGGUGUGAGGAACUGCAUCUUUGCCACGCUGCUCAUUGGUCUCUACGAGGUCCUGAUCGAGUAUAACUUCACCACCGCUAACUACGACACCGCUCGCUUUGAGGAGAUUCUGCAGCUGUUUAUGCGCCACCAGAAGGUGUGUGACAUCGUAAAGGAGAAGGCCGGCAAAGCCAGACCCAGCAGCAAAGCAGCACGCAGCCUGCUGUCAAUAGGCUUCAUAUCUACACUGCUCUACGCACUCUUCAGGGAGAGCAGUGCGGGGCGAGAGGAGAGCCUGUGUGUGUUGCGGGGCAGCCCUGAGUUUGUGCUUUGGGCCGUGGGGGCAGCGGUGCAGAAGAUCACACACCUGGAGGAGAGCGGACACACAGACACACACACGGAGAAGACAUUCACACACCUCUGCGACAUCACCAGUGUUCUGAUGUGGCGCUACACCAACGUUCCCUCCGCCGCCGAGGAUGCUGGGAAGCGGCAGGCGGGCCGAAGCGUCUCCGUGUCGUGUCUGGAGGGACUUCUCAAGGUCUUCACCAUGGUACAGCACAGACACCCACACAAGCUGACACAGCUACUGGGAGCCAUGGAGGAGGAGAGUGAGGUUGGUGAUGCCAGUCUGACGGAGAAGCUGUGGUUCUACCUGCGGCAGUUUCAGCGGUCCCUGUUGACCCAGUUGAAUGGUCCUGAAGAGGAGUUCUGCAGUAAGGAGGCCCAGCUGCUGGUCGGGGUGCUCAGCGUGUUGUCAUGCCAACUGGAGUCCGGCUCCAAACAGCUGGAGGAGAUGACGGCCUGGACUCUGAAGAUCUGCCAGGAGACCAACUAUGAGGACGUGGCGCUGACCAAGGGUCUGCUGUCUCUGCUGUUCUCGCUGCUGUCCCGCCAGAAGAGUCCAGCUUUGGAGCUGUUGCAUCUCUGCCAAGACAUCCACAGCCAACUGGGGGACAUAGACACGGAUGUGGAGUUGGAGCAGCAGUGUCACUACAAAAUCGUGAGCAUGAAGACGGCACCCCCCACCACACUGCUGGUGUUGUCUCAGGUGGGCCGGUUGCUGGAUGAAAUUGACUGGCUCAUCAACCUGAAGAAGAGCCAAGCGGCCCUGGACACGCGCAACACAGAGGGCGGUGUGUUGAAGGCGGUGGCACUGCAGUUGGGGACUCUUGUGACGGCGCUUCAUGAGCUGCUGCAAACCGGACUGACCCCUGGUGUAUCCAGCGACACAUUACUACGAGAACUCAGCAGGACCUACGCACUACUCACCUCACUACUCAAAUAUUACAUCCAGCUGUGUGGAUCCAAGCAGACCCAGACCCAGCUGCCUUCAAACCUGGAGAAGCUGGUCAAGCUGUCAGGAUCUCACCUGACACCACAGUGCUAUAGCUUCAUCACUUACAUACAGAGUGGAGGCGCAAAUGGGGGGACGGAGAAGAAGAAAAAAAAGAAGGACGAGGAGGCCAUGAUUGCAGCGUCUGCCAGGGUGCUGCGGCAGGCCAAGGCCAUCCCCAACCUCAUCUUCAGCAUAGAGCAGUACGAGAAGUUCCUCAUCCUGCUCUCCAAGAAGUCAAAGGUGAACCUGAUGCAGUACAUGAAGCUGAGCACGUCUCGAGAUUUCCGCAUCGACAUGGCCACGCUGGACGCAGUGCUGCAGGAGCAGCAGGAGAACACACAGCAGUCCCAGAGCCAGGAGCAGCAGUCUCAGGAGCCCCGGAAGAAGAAGAGGAAGGUGUGAUGAUGGUGGAGGUGUGGAGUCGUCUUUUCCUUUUCUCUCUUAUUCCUGCUCUCUGUUCUUCUCCUCUUUUCUCUCCCCCUCUUGGUGAUCUCCAUAAUCUGGUAGAUAUCCAGUGCUUCGCCUGCAGACAGGAGUUUCAGCUCAAUAUUAUUUUCUAUAUUAUUAUUAUGUUGUGUGUUUGUUUUAUUCAUGAACGGGUAACAUGAAACCGUUUAUUGUUUAUUUUAUUCAUGAAACCAUUUGUUGUUUGUUUUUAUUCAUGACAUGAAGCCAUUUAUUUCCUGACAUGGCGGUGCAAAAAUAUAUAUUUUAAUUGUAAACUUAACAUUUGUCAAUAAACAUCCUCGUAAAAAAUGC